AAAAUAUUUUCUACUGACGUGUGUUUGACAAGGGAUCGUCGAAGAAGCGAUAAAUUUGCGGCAGUAUUUAUUUUACUAAACGCAGUUGAAAAAGCAUUUGAGCAGGGGUUUUUUGGAUAGUAAAAGAUAUAAGUAAGAGGAAUUGUCCACUACAAUACCAAAAAAGUUUCUAGAAAAGUGCAAGUCGAACUUUGUAAUCUGUGACGCACUCCCUAUACAAUAUAAUACAGUGCAUCCAGCAGCGCUUAUUGGAGGCCAGCACAAGAAACUGCUAAUAGCAGAACGUUUAGAAAGUGGCAGAUUAUACGUAGCACCUUUUCAUCUUAUUUGUAGUUCAAGUAAAUUUAAGUAAAACGGCUUGGAAACACGUGUCUGGUGCACCUUCAUCAUGGUAGUGCCGCUGAAUGAUAUGCUGCCUUUUGCCAGCGCAGAACGAAAGCUGGCAGCGUGCGUACUGUUGUUGUUGCUAGAACUAUUUCUAGAAGGUGCCGAAGCGGUGCCCAAUCAGGCUGACAUUGAAAACCAUCUGGAGCUGGGCAAAGAAUUUCUAGCGCGGGGACAGCUCUCAGAUGCGCUCACGCAUUACCAUGCAGCUGUUGAGGGUGAUCCCAACAACUAUUUGACACUUUUCAAGCGGGGCACGGUCUACUUAGCACUGGGCAAAGCGCGUUUCGCAAUAACAGAUUUCACUCGUGUUUUGGAACUGAAGCCUGAUUUCACUGCGGCGCGAAUGCAGCGCGGUAUUGUGCAUGUAAAGAGCGGAGAAUAUGAGCUUGCAGUAGAAGAUUUUGAACAAGUGUUACAAGAGGAUCCCUAUAAUGAUAGUGCAAACGAGUACUAUAAGCGCAUUGAUGCUGCUAUGGAGCAAUGGGAAAUCAUAAAAGAUCUCAAAUAUCGUGGCGACGAACGUAAUAUCAUUCCAAUGAUUACACAACUACUUGAGAUCUCGCCGUGGUCUGUGGAGUUCCGUCAGACGCGUGCUGACGCUUAUAUUGCCAUAAAUGAUCUACUCCCUGCCAUCUCCGAUCUCCGUUCCGUCAACAAAUUGUCACAGGACAGCACAGAAGGCUAUUAUCGCAUUGCAUUGCUGUUAUACAAAAUGGGACAGGCAACAAAUGCGCUCAAAGAGAUCCGUGAGUGUCUGCACCUUGAUCCCGAACAUAAAGACUGCUUCCCCUUCUACAAGAAGCUAAGAAAAGUCGAAAAGAGCUUGUCCAAUGCUGAAAACGCGCGCGAGGAGAAACAGUAUGCGGACUGUAUAUCUUCUGCGGAGUCUGCAUUAAAGCUAGAGAAGGAGGAAAAUAUGAUUAUAUAUGAGGCUAAACGACUAUUGUGCACCUGCUAUACACGCGACGAACAGUAUGCCAAAGCUUUGAGCCAUUGUAAGGAGGCGAUUGAAUUGUCGAGUGACCCACAAUUGUACUGUGAACGCGCUGACGCCUACUUGGGCUCAGAGAUGUACGAUGAUGCCAUACAUGAUUAUCAAAAAGCGUUAGAAAUGGACGAGAGUCUGCAACGCGCUAAGGAGGGUAUAGAGAAAGCGAAAAGACUGCAAAAACAAGCUGAACGGCGGGAUUAUUACAAAAUUCUCGGUGUAAAACGUAAUGCGAAUAAGCAAGAAAUUAUCAAAGCUUAUCGCAAAGCAGCACAAAAAUGGCAUCCAGACAAUUUCAAAGAUGAUGAAAAAAAGAUCGCAGAAAAGAAAUUCAUCGAUAUUGCGGCAGCCAAAGAAGUACUGACCGAUCCCGAGAAACGAAAACAGUUCGACAUGGGACAGGAUCCUCUCGACCCCGAGGCAAAUCAACAAGGGGGUGGCUUCCGAGGCGGCAGUCCAUUUGCGCACUUCCAUCACGGGUCACCGUUCCAAUUUAAAUUCCAUUUCAAUUAGAAGUACCAUAAUCCUCAGGAAAAAUCUAUUAACAAAUAUACCUUAGCGCAUACCUAGAUUAAGUCGGUUUGUUGUUAGGUCUUCUAUUUUAUAGUAUCAUAUAAGCGUGUAUUGAACGUGUGUAGCUACCGUUGCCAUGCGAUCACGUAAGCUAGCUUGCAUUAUUUGCAUGCGAUCGCUAUUGUGGGUAUGUUCUUUUCUUUAAAUUAAUGCAUAGCGAUUUUUUUUUUGCAAAAUUAUCAUUCUAUAUGUAGGUAUGCAUUGGAAAGUUAGUUCUUAACUCGUAAGUGCUGUAAUAAAUUAAACGCUCAAAAGACUUUGCAUACGCACUUGAAUUGUUUACUAAUCAUAAGAUUUUUUGUCCAUAAAAUUGUGCCGCUUAACCUGAUUGCGAUACCUUAUAAUCUGCAAGGGAAUAAUUUGCUGUAUAAUUUCAAGUAAUCUUAUUUGUAAAUAGUAGGCUAAAUUCUAAAUAAUCUUUCCCUAUUCCUAUUUUUUAUGUUAAAAAUGGAGUAUGUAUUUAUACAAGUAAUUGAGCUAAAUUCGAAAGCUUAAUACAUUAAAAAAAUUAAUAAACAUUUUAAUGUUAUGAAAAUAAAAUGAAAAAUGUUUAUGAUAUAAAUAAAACAAAUUUUUAACUCGGUACAAAGUAGUAUUUAAUAUUCAUUGUUGUUUAAGUAUGUUGUAAUCGCAUAAAAUACAUACUGCCAUCAAAACCAGCAUAAACUGAAGAAAUGGGAAGAGCAAUUGAAGAUCUAGAACAAGCCGAUGAGGCCCAAUGACUACGUGGAAUUACCAUUAGCAACAAAACUCGUUUUCUGUUAACCAAUUCUGGUCGCUCUUUCUUGAUUGGGUCGUUCAAAUGGGGGAGUUGUGCGCAAUAGCCGAACGAAUUGAUCAUUUCGUUCAUAAUGGACAAUUCUCCUUGAAUACCACCAAACACCUAAUACUGGCUUUGAAGCCGGAGUGUCACCGGUCUUGGACCCUGAUCGAUUGCGAUUGCGACCGGCCGGUCACAUAAAAAAAGCUGUUACAGGUACUUAAGAUUUGCAGGGUUUACAGGAUUCGAAGGAAAGCAGUUUUCUCGCCUUGUUUUUUAGUUAAACAAGCAUCACAUAGCAUAUUUGGGUGUGUUCAGAAAUGCAUCAAGUCACAGCAUCAUACGUAUUGAUUUCUAAACUGUUAUUAAUGAAAAUAUGCAAUAUGCGCAACCACGUUUAAUGCCUAAUUGGAACUUAGUUGUGUAAAUAAGGCAUUUGCAUCAGUUAUAAUAUAGAAGUAAAAGAGAGUGUUGCUUUGGCUUGAUGCAUUUCUGAACGCACCCUUUCUUAUCAAAAUAACUUAAAAAUUAGCCUGAAAUGUCACCUCUCAAACGCAUUAGUUGGCCGCAAUCGGACAUCAAUACCACAUAGUGGGAAAAAUCCACGGAUACUAUUUAAAAAACCUCCUCAGUAGGCAAUCUUUACAGAUCAAAUCUGUUCCUAUUACUGUUUAACUUCUACAUUUAGAAGCCUCCUCAUCCACCAGCGGAAGUUUCAUUGACCUUCGGCUAAUUCCCUGACCUUUUCCGCCACUCUAGUCCCACCCUGUCCAAACAACAGGUUCCCUGGGCACAUCAUUUAAUUUGGUAACAAUUUAUUGACAAGCCUAUUCAAAAUGCUAACAAAACUGACCGCUUAUAUAAGUCAUGAUUACUCGAACGAAUCUUUUCUAGUUUUAGAUAAGUUCUCGCAAAUGUAUGUACAUAUAUAUGUAUUCCAACGGAGACACACAUUCGCACAUCCCCAUGUACAUAUUUAAUUAUAUGAAUGUAUAUCCAAAAUUUGUUUCUUCCAAAGUGAAUCAGUCGCUUACAAAGAGAUGUUGACGUAUUAUUAAAUGAGUCUAACCAAAAAUAUAGAUGACGUCAUCUAACUAAAAUAGAAAGACUCUUAAUAUAUUUGGGUUUGCUCUGUGGUAUGCGUUUUAGCGCUUUAUUACUUUGAACGUCAAAAAAUAGAGCGUACAAUACAAGUGAACGAUACAUGAAUACAUAAAUUUACUGUUAUAUAAUUAAAUGCGUAUAAUAACGAUAAUAACGAAAAACGGGAACCUGCACCAAUUGAAUGGCUGCUGUUAUUUAUGCAAUAAAUGCCUAAAUACAAGAUUUACAAAUUAUUAUUUUUUUUUACUAAGUUAUCAUUAUAAUAAACAUAUUGAGCUUUUAAUGCUGCUAAAUAACGAAAAAA